GACGCGUGCCGCUUUCACGCGUUCGACCGGGAUUCGCCUCUGUAUAGGCGUCGUUCAGUCUGCCGGGUGUAUGUGUGACUGAUGCAGUGAGUGUGUCAUGUGAUGACCGAUGACGUUUACCGUUCAGCAGAAUGACGCUCUCCUGCUAUGACAUGUUCUGCGUCAACUUUGCCAAGGUGGGCUUGCUCGAAGGUCACAGCCGGCAUCAUGCGCUAUGCACUGAGGUGUACGAGAUGCAGAUAAACAGCGAAGCGGCAGCCGCCGCGGUCGCAGCUACGGGGGGCGGCGGAGGCGGCGCAGUCGUAGGCACCGCGGGGGCAGCGGAACCGUGCCGAUUCCCGAAGCUGGAGGAGUGCGCGCACUUCCAUUACGAGAGGGUGCAGCUGCCGCCACAACUCGACAUCACGCUGCAGACGGACGGGAUGGAUCAGUCGCUGCAUUCGCAGCACUCCACGAACGAAGACACGGAAACGGAAUGGUUCAUGGUGCAAGUAACGUCCGGUGACGCUUGCUGGUUGAUACAAAGGAACUUCGAUAACUUCCAAAUGCUGGACGCUCAACUGCAUCAGUGCAUCUUCGACAGAAAGAUCUCCCAGCUGGAGGACCUUGCUCAGCUGUCACCAGACGACGAUGCUUUAGAGAGCAAAUUGCUCCGGUACUUGGAGCGAUUCAGCCAGAUAGCGGACAACUCUGUGAAUUGCGGUCCGGUGCUGAAUUGGUUGCAGAUGGACAACAAAGGCAGGAGGCUGUUAGUGCCGAGCGAGGAGAGCAGAUCUAUUAACACUCCGGCCGUUGCAGCUGCUUACAGCGUCAGGCGAUACGUUUCACAGGCGCGAGACGAGCUAAAUCUGGAGGUAGGCGAUAUGAUAUCUGUGAUCGACAUGGCUAGUCCCGGGGAGUCGAUGUGGUGGCGAGGAAAAAGGGGCUUCCAGGUUGGCUUCUUCCCGCAAUACUGCGUCCACAUAAUAGGAGACAAGGUGCCUAGAAACAUGCCGUUGCCGCCACCUGUCGUUGGCUCAUUGGCGCUGAACCAGAUCAAACCAGUUCUACGGAAGCACGGCAAGUUGAUCACCUUUUUCCGGAGUUUCAUCGUGAACCGGCCGUCUCGGCGGCGUUUGAAACAGUCGGGCAUACUGAAGGAGCGCGUUUUCGGCUGUGAUCUUGGCGAGCAUCUGCUGAACUCCGGCAACGACGUGCCGGCCGUGCUCAAAUGUUGCGCCGAAUUCAUCGAGAGAAACGGGAUCGUCGACGGGAUAUAUAGGUUAUCCGGGGUCACGUCCAACAUUCAAAAGUUACGUAACGCCUUUGACGAGGACAGAAUACCAAAUCUGUACACAGAGGAUGUCCUCCAAGACGUGCACUCUGUCGCAUCUUUAUUAAAGAUGUAUUUUAGGGAAUUACCGAAUCCUCUGUGUACCUAUCAACUAUACCAAAGCUUUGUGAAUGCCGUGCAAGGAUGCAGCGGCGGGGUGCGUAACUCCGAAACGGACCACGAAAGGCUGCUGAAGAUGAGGGAAACCGUACAAAAAUUGCCGCCGCCUCAUUACAGGACCUUGGAGUAUCUGAUGAGGCACUUGGCUAAAGUAGCGAAACACGGUGCGAGCACUGGCAUGACUACAAGAAACGUCGCGAUUGUAUGGGCGCCUAAUUUGCUACGGUGCGAGGAACUGGAGGUCGGUGGAGUAGCUGCACUGCAAGGUGUUGGUGUACAGGCUGUGGUAACCGAGUUCCUGAUCUGUUACGCGGACUUGAUAUUCUGUGAUCGUUUGCCGAAUCUGGACGCUCCCUCUCUAGCCGCGGAGAGUCUGCUGAUGAAAAAGUGCCGACCGAACAGCUUGGCGAUAUCCACUCCGACCAAACUGAUCACUUUAGAGGAGGCUAGAAGCAAACAUUUGCCGGGAAAAACGGACGAAUGCAAUUAUAUAGAAGUAGGAGGAGGCCCGAAAAAUCUACCAAAGAAUUACCAUACUGUCAUCGAGUUGCCGUCAGGUGCAAGAAAACGAAGCCAUACAAAGCGAUCUCCGUUAGGUUGGAAACUAUUCUUUACUAGGUCGAGGAACAGCUCUCAGGGUAACCUGAAGAACAGAAAAGUAUCUACUCCCAUCACAAUAAAUGAAAAAUCCGUUACCGAGUCUGAUUUGACAGACAUGAAAAGAAAACUCAGGUCGGUAAAAUCAGCUGAAAGUUUGACGUCUGGACAUUCUGAACCGACUGGGAAUGAUGACGUUCUCGGACCGCUACAAAGUCUGUCUAAACCACCCGGCCACAACAGGUCUGUUUCACAUGACUCCUACUUCGAUACGUUACAAGUUUCACAAAAUAACUCUGAAGGAUCUCUACUAGACUUAAGUGAAAUACAGCUCAAUUUUGAGUUGGAGGAGUCGGAAAUGAGGAUAUUCUCAGAAGAUGAAAGCUUAGUCAGUUCUCCAAGAAUACAGAAGGAGCCGUCGCGCAGGAUCUUCAGCCGCGCCAGACCGGAGGAGUUCACUUCGGCGACGAGCUCCGUAAAUCCGUCUCCGAAAAAACAGCCUCGAGUGAUCAUGUCGCCGGAGUCUCAGUCGCGCAAGCGUACAAGGCUCGAGGACCAGUUGUCCGACAUUCAGUACAUCGACUGUAACACGCCGGAGAACGUGGUCGUCUCGACGACGGCCGUCAUCCACAGUCUUCCGGAAAGCCCCCCUGCCCACACGGUACGAAUUUAAACAUUGCUAAUUGAAGAAGAUUCUCGCUGCACAUAUGCGACUAUAGAGGCAACUCUUGGGGCAGGAUCCGCAACAGUGCGCGGCAUUUUGCGUGAUCCAUUUAGUAGUGAUUUCGUACUGUUUUAUAUUCAAGAACCUUUAUUUACAAUGCCGUUAAAUAUUACAACAGUAUUAAUUUUCAUUUUAAAAAUAUUGCUAAUAUUAAAACUUUUAAAUUAAAAUUGAAGUCCGAUCUUCUCUCGCAAACAUGAAUUGCCACUUAUAUUUUUUUAUUGGUUAAUGAUGGUUGAUUUAAAAAAAAAAUCCCUUUGAUCACAGUUUUGUUGGUUUAAAACAAACCGAUUUAAAUGUAUGUACCAUAGUUAUUGUCAUCCACUUCUAUGUAAUUUCGUAUAAAUUAUCAAAACGGGGUUAGGUGGAAGAAUAGCUCACGCUAAACCUCGCCCCUCGUAAUGUACUAAAUGUUUAGUGCAAUAAAGACCCUU